AUGCAAACACUAAAGUCUUUUUUUUUUUAUUUAUUAAUUGCAGAAGCUGCUGAAUCAUGCAAAGUUACUCUGGACAUUAUCGAAUCAUCGUUACCAGAUGGUUUGCCAGAAAACCUUGAUACCGACAAUAAAUUGCAAGAUACUCUAACCAACACACUCGAAUUACUUCCGUAUCUAUACCAACUUGCUAACUCGCACCACGAAACAAUCUUGUCAUACCGGCGGGCCUUACUUCGUCACUCAAAGUACCUCAACAAUCAAACAAUAGCAAAAAUUCAAAAGGAGUUUGUUCUUUAUCUGCUCUACUGUGGAGGAGAAGAAGCUUAUCCACCUAACUUAGUGCUCAAAACCGACGCUUCAUUCGUACCAAAAAAUAACAUAGAAGAAGCUAUUCUACUUUUAAUGAUUCUGCUAAGGGAUGUUUCCUUAAAGAAAAUCGAGCGCGAUCCAUCUAUUUUAGAUCAUCUUUCUUACGCGUUAUCCAUUGCUGGUGGACUCGGGCCUUUGGGUAAACAACUGGAAGAAUUGCUUCCGGGGAUCAUUGACGAUAAUGAAAAGUACUUACUUUUAGCUCUAUGUUGUUAUGGAACGGGUGACGCUUCGGCUGCUUUAAAUUUGCUGAAAAUUAUAUACAAAGACGAUCAGAAUCCGAAUUGCGGGUUGCCUUUAUUACUGGCUUCAAAAAUUCAUGUGGAAAAUCCCAACUCGUCGGAAGGUGUAAUGACCGCAAAGAGAGCUAUUCAGGUUUUAAAAGAUAAAAGCGAUGACCGUGUUGGCGUUGGUUAUUAUUAUUUGGGUGUCUCACUUUCAGCAUGGUCGAGAUCGGAAGUGACGGAGUGUAAUAGAGUUGAUAGACAACAUGAAGCACUAGAGUGUUUAGAAACAGCAGGGAGGUUGACUCGAAUGGUUGACUCGAGAGUUCUUUAUGAUCUUAGUUUAGAAAACGCCGAGCAAAGGAAGCUGGAUGCUGCUUUUGGUUAUGCGAAGCGUUUGCUUUAUUUGGAAGGUGGGUCUCACGUUAAAGGGUGGAUGCUAUUGGCUAGAAUACUGUCGGCACAAAAGCGGUUUGGAGAUGGUGAAAGUAUUAUCGAUGCGGCUUUAGAUCAGACCGAAAAUUGGGAUCACGGUGAACUGCUAAGAACUAAGGCUAAGCUCCAACUUGCACAGGGGGAGGUAAAACGCGCCAUUCAGACAUACACUCGAGUUCUAGCGGUUCUUCAAGUCAAGGGUAAAGGUUUUGGAUUGCCAAAAACUCAUAUUGAGGAUGGUGAUAGAACAUUGGAGUUAGAGAUAUGGAAUGAUCUUGCUAAAGUCUAUAUAAGCUUAUCUCAGUGGCCUGAUGCCGAGGCAUGUCUAGUGAAGUCGAAGGCUAUUAGUAACUACUCAGCUUCUACACGACACACUGUUGGUUUUCUCUAUGAAGCAAAAGGUCUCCACAAGCAAGCUCUAAAGCUUUAUAAACAUGCUUUAGACGUGGAUCCGGCCCAUGUGCAGAGUCUUGUUUCCAUAGCUGGUGUGUUCAGGAAGCUGGGUGGGCAGUCUGGGCCGGUGGCCCGAAGCUUCUUGAACGAGGCGUUACGGGUUGAUAGGAUGCACUCUUCAGCUUGGUAUAAUCUAGGCCUGCUUCUUAGAGAUAAGGGCCCAAUGGGCCUAAGAGAAGCUGCUGAUUGCUUUGAGGCUGCAGGUGUACUAAAGGAAACAGAACCUAUCGAACCUUUCAGAUAAGCGAUGUUAGCUAGCGGUCCAACUCAGGCUAGUAGUUGAAAGAUAAGCGAUGGCGGCUCGAUUGUUGUGGCAUCACUUGGUGUUGAUGCUCAAGGAUUUUGUAUUGAAGGUUUUAUUUAUUUUGCAACAAGAAGUGAAAAUGAUAAUA